GCUAGUAAGUCUAACCUUUCUUUCUCUCGAAUGAAUAUGGCGGAAGAAGGUAAUAUAUAGCGUUAAUACAUAGCAUUGAUAAAAGUACAUGCAAAAGAAUAACAGUGCGAGUUUUACUGUAACGUGUAUUUGUUUAUGUACCUUUUAAUUUAAACAAAAAAUGUCGAAAGCGAAUAAAACAUUUCAACCAACAGUCGCAUCGACGGCUGAUAAAUGUCUAAGUUCAGAAAAGCGUGUCGAUAUACCGAUAAUCGACGAUUCAGAACUCAGGAAAACUUUAAUCGAGCGCAUAGAAGCUGUCGCGCUGAAAAUAAUAAAACAAAUAGCUAGUGGACAAUUGCCAUAUGUUUCGUAUUUCAACGGGAGCGAUGUUGCAAAAUUCAGCUUGCGUGAGGAAAACAAUCCCGAAUGCUCGGGCGAUACUCAGCAAGACACGAUUUCUUACUACGAUUUUUUGCCUCAUACCUGCUUUUCUCAGCAAGAUACGACGUCGUAUUACGAUUCUUCGCUCCCUGACUGUGUCGAAGGUCAGGAGAAAGAAAAUCAAAGCAAUCAUCAAACAUCGGAAAAAACAACUGAUUUCGCGAUAAGAAGCAGGAGAAAAUUUAUUCUGAUGAUGAUGAUAAUGGCCGAAGCUCAUAGAUUGUUGCUAACAAACAGAACCAAAACCCGACGAGCGUUUUACUAUAAUUUGAAGACCGAGGAGACCGAAAAUCUGGUGCCUAAUCAGGCAUAUGUAGAUCGCGCAUUGAUCGACGUAGCUAGGUUGUUGGAAUGCGCGCCGUGGGAUUUGAAACUGCUGGCAACCGCUAAAGGAUUGGUGGCGGGAAACAUGACUAUGAUAUUAGUCGACGGUAAAAUUAUCGAUUGCACAGUGCCGGGAGGCGCGCAGAUUCCGCAGAUUUUGAACAUAACUUCCAUACGCGCGAAAGCCGACUUUGUCCUGAUCGUGGAGAAGGACGCGGUUUUCCAACUGUUGCUCGAGGAAAAGUGUCCGAGCGUUCUCAACUGCAUCCUCGUAACGGGAAAGGGCUAUCCGGAUACGGCCACGAGGAUGCUGGUCAAGAUGCUGUCCGAAAAAAUGGAUCUUCCGGUUUACGCGAUCGUAGACGCGGGUCCUUACGGCGUGGACAUUAUGCUAUUGUAUCGCUUUGGUUCAUCUACUUUUUGUAAAGGCAACGGGAGCUUGGUUUGUUCUAACGUGCGCUGGCUCGGAAUUCAUCCCUCGGAAUUGAUCGCCUUAGGAGCGAAGACACUCCCGCUUACCGAGACCGAUCUCACGAGAUUGAAAUCCAUCGAAGCCCGACCUUACGUAAACGACGCUAUAUCGAAGCAGAUGAGUAUAUUGCGGAAGGGCAAGGCGGAGAUCGAGGCGGUGUCUUCCUUUUCAAAGAAUUUUCUCACGAAGACGUAUUUACCUUAUAAGAUAGACAGCCGGGAUUAUAUUUAA